UUCACCCAAACACAGCGCAAACUAAACAGCCUCGCCCUCUCUCGCUCUCUGUUUUCUGCUUCAAAGAUGGGUAGAGGAAAGUCCAAGGGCAAGCCCACCGAUCACCGCAACUUCUCGACUCGCGAAGAAAUGAUUGCUGGUAGCUCUUCUCGCCCACGAACUUUUAAGAAGGAAGAAGUCAAAGAAGAGGUAGAAGAGUUUGAAGAGGAAGUAGAAGAAGAAGAUAAAGAACCUGAGAAGCGAAAAGGCACCCAAGGUCUAAUUGAGAUUGAAAAUCCCAAUUCGGUGAAAGCAAAGAAUGUGAAGGCAGGAAAUGUUGAUCUGGAGAAAACGACUGAACUCUCAAGGUGUGAAAGACAAGAGAUAGAAAAAUAAAAAGCACAUGAGCGAUACAUGAGGCUGCAGGAACAAGGAAAAAAAUGAA